UCGCUGAAGCAGUACUGGAAAUUGGAAACCGACUUUCUCGUUCAUUCCUAAUCCGCUCUAUCUCUCUCGGACAGAACCCUAUCACAAUUUCACUCACGCUAAUUCAUCUAAUCCAAAAAGCAAUAAAAAAAUGUCAUCAGGAGUGAAGAAAGGCGUCAAGUCUAAGGUGAAGAAAGAAGAAACAUAUGACGAUGAUGAUGAUUUUGUUGAUACCAAGCCCAAAAUUCAACAACCAUCUCCGAAUGACGAUGUUGAUGAAAAGCCCAGCGUUGCAAACACCAGCAGCUCUAACAAGAGAAAGAGGGUUAAAAAGGAGGAGGAGUGGGAGGUGAUUAAUCAGAUUGGGGUAAAAGAUGAGAAUAAUGGUGUUAAAAAAAGGGAGAAGAAGAUUUUUGAUCUGCCUGGCCAGAAACGAGACCCUCCUGAUGAAAGAGACCCGUCGAGGAUUUUUUACGAGUCCUUGUACAAGCAAGUGCCUACUAGUGAGAUGGCUGCUUUCUGGAUGAUGGAGUCUGGCUUGCUAACUUUUGAGGAGGCAUCUAAAGUGUGUCAGAAGAAAUUGCAGAUGAAACAGCAACAAAAACUAGCUUCACCAAUGAAAGCUGUCGUCACAGUGAAGAAAGAAUCUGGUACUGUUAAAAGGAAUAUUAUUUCGGCAACAGAGGAAACUACGACUAAGAAAUCCAAAGGAGCCGUAAAAUCAUCCAAGAGGAAGUCUGAUGAUAAUCAAACUGAUAAUGAUUCAGAUGAUGACUUUGCUUCACCCGUUAAUAGAGGGAAGAAACCGAGAGCAGGAAAGAAAUCAAAAGCCACAUAAUUAAGCAACCAUCAUACUAUUAAUGGUUAUUACAAUUUAUGUAAUUGCCCUAUGUUUCAUUUAAAUUGUCAAACUGCCUAUGCUCCUAGUAUGUGCUAAGUUUUGCCCAAAAAGUACUAUAUGUUUAAAUGGAUUUGCUUGGAUGAGAAGUGUUAGGAAAUUCUAUAUAUUUCUGAUGAAUGACGUGACCAAGAAUGUUGGCAUUUUGUAUGUGACCAAGUUCUGUUCUCAUCAAAUUGAUCAAUUUUAGAUCGAUGUUAUUUUCAAAAGUCGAAUAAAUUCAUCUCCUCCUUUUCUCUCCUCUCCCCCUUUUCUUCUCCGGCCCCCCUUCCUUGCAUCCGCCACGAAACUCCGUCGGCCUUGUCGACAUGAGUUCCGGCCAACAGCCCUCCACUUUUUUCCAUCAAAACCCAACUCCAAUCAAUUAAUCAACAACAAACCUAAUUCUGAUUAACCCAUAUCAGCUAGUAUUAAUAAAAUUCCAAAUAUGUAUCUUGGAUUAACAUAUUCCAUACGAAACAUAUGUAUCUACACAAAUCGCGGAUCAAGUGGUGAACGAGGGAGAAUGGUUAUAUGUGGAGGCCGUUCAACGAUUCAGCACCGGAUGGACAAAUAAUGAGAAUGGUGAUGUUAACAUAUGAAACGGUGGUCCCUUUAUCAUUCGACUCAUAUACAUGUCAAAAUUUCGACAUUCAAAAGGUGUACUCUAUCCAAUUCUUAAAUUAUAUGUUUAUAUGUUUAUGUGAUUUUUGUUUUAUUAGUGUAUACAAUUUCGUAUGUUUUAAUAGUGUUUCGUUAGAACUCGGAUUUUCUUAUUAUUUUAUAUUUGUGCAUGAUAAUCAAUUAUUGGAGGUGGUGUACAAUGAUUUAGUUUUGUUUGUUGAUUUAUCUAGAAGAUGUGAAAGUUGGAGAGCUUUAGUCAAUAUAUUAUGUGCAUAGUUUGUUUUUUUUU